AUGGAGGUCUUAUACGUCGGAUCUUUGAGCAGAGAUGUAGACUCACACGAACAAGAACACGUGGCGCAAAUUCUCUUGGAGAAAUUCAAAUGCGUACCGACUUUCUUACCACCCGAUUUGCGGUCAAAGUACUAUGACAGAUUCUGCAAGAGGCAGUUAUGGUCGUUAUUCCACUACAUGCUUCCGUUUUCGCCUUCUAACGGUGGGAUAUUCGAUCGGUCUAUGUGGGAGGCUUACGUGGCAGCCAACAAACUCUUCUUCCAGAAGGUCAUAAAAGUUAUAAACCCUGACGAUGAUUUUAUCUACAGGUCUCUCCCCAUUCGCGAAGAGAUUCUCAAGGUGUUGCUUAACAGCGACCUCAUCGGCUUCCACACGUUCGAUUACGCGCGUCACUUCUUAACCUGCUGCAGCCGGAUUCUAGGGUUGGAGUAUCAGUCCAAGAGAGGAUACAUUGGGCUGGAGUAUUACGGGAGGACCGUGGGGAUAAAGAUCAUGCCCGUGGGGAUCGACAUGGGACGGAUCCAGUCUGUGAUGAUAGACUCAGAGGAGGAAGGGAAGGUGAUGGAGCUCAGAAGGCGUUACGAAGGCAAGACGGUGUUGCUUGGGAUCGAUGAUAUGGAUAUUUUCAGGGGGAUCAACCUGAAGCUGCUAGCGAUGGAGCAAAUGCUUAAGCAGCACUCUACCUGGAGAGGGAGAGCCGUUUUGGUUCAGAUUGUGAAUCUCGCUAGGGAUAAAGGGAUUGACAUUGAGAAAACACGUGGCGAAAUCGAAGAAACAUGUAGGAAGAUCAACGAAGAGUUUGGAUACCACCAACCUAUUGUAUAUAUUGACACUCCAAUUUCGAUAACUGAGAUCAAUGCUUAUUAUCAUAUCGCUGAGUGUGUGGUCAUUACGGCCGUUAGAGAUGGGAUGAACCUGACUCCUUAUGAGUAUAUAGUAUGUAGACAGGGUGCAAAGAAGAGCGUGUUGGUUGCGUCAGAGUUUAUCGGAUGCUCUCCUUCCCUUAGCAGAGCGAUUAGGGUGAAUCCGUGGAAUGUUGAAGCGACUGGUGAAGCGCUGAAUGAGGCCUUAUCGAUGAGUGAUGGUGAGAAACAGCUGCGGCAUAAGAAGCAUUACCGGUACGGUCAGCAGGUUCAGGCCAAGGCGUUGAAUCAGCCGUUCGCUGAGACUGCUCCAGGCGCAGAAGAGAGAGCAGAGCAGUCUGCUAGCUCUGGAGUGACUGCUCCUAGCGAACCUGCUGAGACUCCACCAUCUCGAGUCUAUGUUUCCAAGAGAGACUCAAGAGGAGAUCAAGGUCCUCUAUACCAAAGCACUGUCUACACCAGCACUGAAGAAAAGCUGAAGGUUGUUCCAGAGAAGGAGCAUGGUGAUAAGGGUGAGAGCAGGCUGUUUUCUGAUGAAGAUCCUAGCACUGAUCCUACUAAAUUCAGAGGGAAUUCAAGGUGCAAGGGUACCUCCAAACCGUUCUCUAAAGUCAGAGCCAUUCUCACACAUGAGCUGAAGGAGAAAGGAGAAGCUGCUGUGAAAGGGUUGCUGAGCAGAGUUCUGAAGCUGAACAUGUCUGAUUGUGGAGCUUGUUUUGGAACAGGCCCUCCUGCUCAACCCGACUGA